CUUCGCGUCCUGGGAGCGUCGCUGCCUGGUAAACGGUGAGCAGAGGCUGCGCGCCGGUGAGAGUGGGGAGACGGGAGACCAUGGCUGGAGUCCAAACGCCGAUCUAUCUGGAGGUUCCCAGCUUGGGUCCCUCAUUUCUGAAACCCAGGCGAAGGAGGGCGAGACAUCGCGGGAGUCCCUUCAGCCUGGCCACGACUUACGCUAGAAUGGGUACUAGGAAAAAAGUUCACGCAUUUGUCCGUGUCAAACCGACCGAUAACUUUGCUCACGAAAUGAUCAGAUAUGGAGAUGACAAUAAAACCAUUGAUAUUCACUUAAAAAAAGACAUUCGGAGAGGAGUUGUCAAUAACCAACAGACAGACUGGUCAUUCAAGUUGGAUGGAGUUCUUCACGAUGCCUCCCAGGACUUGGUUUAUGAGACAGUUGCAAAGGAUGUGGUUUCUCAGGCCCUCGAUGGCUAUAAUGGCACCAUCAUGUGUUAUGGGCAGACAGGAGCUGGCAAGACAUACACCAUGACGGGGGCAACUGAGAAUUACAAGCACCGGGGGAUCCUCCCUCGUGCACUGCAGCAGGUUUUUAGGAUGAUCGAAGAACGCCCCACACAUGCCAUCACUGUGCGUGUUUCCUACUUGGAAAUCUAUAAUGAGAACCUGUUUGAUCUCCUGUCUACUCUGCCCUAUGUUGGACCCUCAGUCACACCAAUGACCAUCGUGGAAAACCCUCAAGGGGUCUUCAUUAAGGGCUUGUCAGUCCACCACACAAGUCAGGAGGAGGAUGCAUUCAGCCUCCUUUUUGAGGGCGAGACCAACAGGAUUAUAGCCUCCCACACUAUGAACAAGAACUCUUCCAGAUCUCACUGCAUUUUCACCAUCUACUUGGAGGCCCAUUCCCGGACCUUAUCAGAGGAAAAGUACAUCACUUCCAAAAUUAACUUGGUGGAUCUGGCAGGCUCGGAGAGGCUGGGGAAGUCUGGGUCUGAGGGCCGAGUACUGAAGGAAGCCACCUACAUCAACAAAUCGCUGUCGUUCCUGGAGCAGGCCAUCAUUGCCCUCGGGGACCAGAAGCGGGACCAUAUCCCCUUUCGGCAGUGCAAGCUCACCCAUUCUCUGAAGGACUCAUUAGGGGGAAACUGCAAUAUGGUCCUCGUGACAAACAUCUAUGGAGAAGCUGCCCAGUUAGAGGAAACGCUGUCUUCACUGAGAUUUGCCAGCAGGAUGAGGCUAGUCACCACUGAGCCUGCCAUCAAUGAAAAGUAUGACGCUGAGAGAAUGGUCAAGAACCUGGAGAAGGAACUAGCACUGCUCAAGCAGGAACUGGCCAUCCAUGACAGCCUGACCAGCCGCACCUUUGUGACCUAUGACCCCAUGGAUGAAAUCCAGAUUGCUGAGAUCAACUCCCAGGUGCGAAGGUACCUGGAGGGGACGCUGGAUGAGAUUGAUAUAAUCAACCUUAGACAGAUCAAGGAGGUGUUCAACCAGUUCCGGGUGGUUCUGAGCCAACAGGAACAGGAAGUGGAGUCCACUUUGCGCAGGAAGUACACCCUUAUUGACAAGAAUGACUUUGCAGCCAUUUCUGCUGUCCAGAAGGCAGGGCUUGUGGAUGUUGAUGGCCACCUAGUGGGUGAGCCUGAAGGACAAAGCUUUGGACUCGGAGUCGCCCCUUUCUCUACCAAACCCGGAAAGAAAGCCAAGUCCAAGAAGACAUCCAAAGAGCCACUCAGCUCCUCAGCAAAAAAGGAAGGUGCCAGCAGCCCUGUGAGUGCCAAGGACUUGGAUAUGGUUUCCACCUCCAAGACCCAGCUGGUCCCAUCCUCCAAGGAUGGGGAUGUCAAAGACAUGCUUUUGCGGGACCGGGAAACCUCCAGCAUUGAGCCCCCUCUCUCAGACUCCCCCAAGGAGGAAGUACGCCCAAUUAGGCCCGACACCCCACCCUCCAAACCAGUGGCCUUUGAGGAGUUUAAGAACGAGCGAGGUAGUGAGAUCAACCGCAUUUUCAAAGAAAACAAAUCCAUCUUGAACGAACGGAGAAAAAGGGCCAGCGAGACCACACAGCGCAUCAAUGCCAUCAAGCGGGAGAUUGAUGUGACCAUGGAGGCCCUGAAUUUCCAGAAGUCACUACGGGAGAAGCAAGGCGAGUAUGAAAACAAGGGGCUGAUGAUCAUCGAUGAGGAGGAAUUCCUGCUGAUCCUGAAGCUCAAAGACCUCAAGAAGCAGUACCGAAGCGAGUACCAGGACCUGCGUGACCUCAGGGCUGAGAUUCAGUACUGCCAGCACCUAGUGGAUCAGUGUCGCCACCGCCUGCUCAUGGAAUUUGACAUCUGGUACAAUGAAUCCUUUGUCAUCCCUGAGGACAUACAGAUGGCACUGAAGCCAGGCAGCAGCAUCCGGCCAGGCAUGGUCCCUAUGAACAGGAUUGUAUCUUUGGGAGAAGAUGACCAGGACAAAUUCAGCCAGCUGCAGCAGAGGGUGCUUCCUGAGGGCCCUGAUUCCAUCUCCUUCUACAAUGCCAAAGUCAAGACAGAGCAGAAGCAUAAUUACUUGAAAACCAUGAUGGGCCUCCAGCAGGCACAUAGAAAAUAGAGCCUCAUCACCUGUACCUUAAAGGACAAGACCAGCAACUCCAGCCUGCUGUAGUGGAGCUGCUCAAACACCUGCCCACAGCUGCAGCCUCUCUACUUCAAGGCUGGGACUCAGCACAGAGAACACACAUGGCCUGCCUGCUGGGAGAAGCAUCCUCCAAGGACGCCCUUGCUCAUCUCCACAGAGCACUUUUGGUUUUAAUUCACUGUCUUAUAUGCAGGGACAGGAUAAAAUAACUUUCUAGUUUGGACUUUUA